AUGUUUUUCUCUCCUCUUUUCCUGGCGCUUUUGCUGCCGUGUGCUCAGGCCUCUACGAACAACACCGCAGAUCUGGAUGACCUCACGACAUGGUGGCAUUCGACAGGUGAAGUCAACACCGAGAGCCCCGUCCAGGACGGCAAUGUGCGCCAAUCGCACUUGUACAGCAUACAGGUGGCCCCUUCGUCCAACACGAGCGUCUUUUAUGAUUCCUUUGCCUAUGAAGCCAUUCCCGGAAAUGGCAUGACUACGGAGCAUUCCUAUGGAGUCGGCACGACAAUGGCCUGGAGCUCCUUUUUGUAUGACUCCAACGCUACAGUGGUGAUAUCCCGAAACACCAAUGCUGUUGGUAACUAUACUAUCCGGCCAACCAACCUCGGUUUCAACUCGUCCGUCUCGGAGGGAAAUCUCUACAUCACGGUGCCGUAUAGCUCCCGGGGAUACCGCUUUUCCGUUGAGUUCGAUGAUGACCUUCAGAGCCCGACCGUAUCGGGAGAGUUGUUGCCCAACAACGCGCUCCUGAUCUUUGCUAGUCCGAUGGAAGAGGCGUCUAUCGUGCCCUCGUCCUCUGAUGCCCUGGUGGUAAGUGAAGGCUUGGUAUCCGGACUGGAUACCACCGAGUCAUCCACCGUCAUCUUCAAACCUGGGGUAUACUACUGCACUGGAUACGACCACGUGAAACUUAGCAGCAGUGUCAAUUGGGUGUACUUUGCCCCCGGAGCCUAUGUGAAAGGCGCCGUUGAGUUCUCCAACACCGGAUCCAAAGUCCAGGCGACCGGGCAUGGGGUUCUUUCUGGCGAGCAGUAUGUCUGGUACGCAGACCCAGAUACCAACUAUACCACCGGCAGUGACAACAACGGUCUCCGGAUAUGGAGUGGCCAGACGGGCUCGUCGCCGCAGACCUUCAACCUAGUCGGUCCGACCAUCAAUGCACCACCGUUCAAUUCCAUGGACUGGACCGGUGAUAUGUCGCUGUUGACUACCACCGUCCGAGACUACAAACAAGUCGGCUCCUUCUACGAACAGACCGACGGACUUGAGUUUUACGAUGGCGCCCAGGGCCAGGACAUCUUUUACCACGUCAACGACGACACCAUCAAAACAUACUACUCCAACGUCAACAUCGACGGCGUCGUAGUCUGGAAAAUGGCCACGGCACCCGUCGUGCAGUUUGGCUGGGCGUCUCGCGCCCUAACUAACAUCACCAUCAACGACGUCAGCGUCAUCCACCAGAGCUACAGCGCAGCCGAAAACAAUCCGGGCCUGAUCGGCGCCGACAACGCUUAUACUGCUAGCACCACGGGCAUCUCAUCCAACCACAGCACCGCCAAUGUGUCCAACACCAUGUCCGGCGUGACCUGGUCGAAUUUCCGCGCCGAGGGGCCCUCCGCAUGCCUUUUCCGUAUCUCGGUGCUCCAGACGCUGGCAAAUCUGACGAUUAGCAAUGCCUGGAUCGAAGAGUUUGCGCCGUCGGAUCUGGAUACCACUGAAAGCCAGAUGCCGGUGUUUUAUGAUGCUAUUACGGGUGUGCAAGCUAAUGUGAGUAACUUUGUGAUUGAGGAUUUUCGUGUUGGCACGACCAAGAUCACGGCAGAUAAUGCGGAGAGUGUAGGCCAGAUUAACGUGGAUUCUACUUAUACCUCGGCUAUGGUGUAUCAAUAG